AUUCUGCUGCUGAGCAAAUCUGCUUCACUGAGUAGUCACAGAUACUUGGAGGGAGAAAAGCAAAGCAGAAGGCAGCCCUUGCUUUUUUUGUUUCUGCCAAGCUCUGAACUCUUGGGAAAAAGAAACCUGAUGGAUUAAAGACUGUGUGGAGAACCAGUAAAGCAGAUUUCUAAGGAUAAGUUGCAGAUUGAAGAAGUGUCCAGAAGGAAAUAUUCACUAAGAUUUUUUCCUUGGUGCAGGGAGAAAGUGUUUGGGGAUCUCUGAUAUUUCAGCCUCUGAAGCAGCUUGUCUCUGGGGGAUAUAUGGGACUUAAGAAGGACAGCCAAGAGGGAGCGUCUGAGGUGAAGCUGAUGUGUCCCCAGCACAGGCAGAAGAACUCAUUUAUCAACUCUUUUCUCUACUUUGCACCCAUGGGGCAGACUUUUAAAAUGCAAGUGUGUGCGUUCUCUCCUGCAACCACUGGCUUUAGCAGCUGAGCUGGCAGAAGGUGCUGACGAGUGUGUGGCUGCACCAGGGCUCUGCUGCCCCAGCCAUGAGACACAUCUGGUUCCCCUUGCAGUUCAUGCCCAAGCCCUUCUGGAGAUCAGAGAACCACAACACGAGCAGCUUCUUCUCUGCACUAUACGGCUUCCCUAACCAGUCCUUCUUCCACAGUGACUUGAACCUGGAGGACCUGGGGGACUUUGACAGCGGAGCCAAGUACGAGGGCGAGUCGCAGAGCCGGACAGUGCAGGCGCUGCUGAUUGUCGCCUACUCCGUGAUCAUCUGCAUCUCUCUCUUCGGCAACAUCCUGGUGUGCCACGUGGUCAUCAAGAACAAGAGGAUGCACUCUGCCACCAACCUCUUCAUCGUCAACCUGGCCAUUGCUGACGUGAUGAUCACCACCCUGAACACCCCCUUCACACUGGUGAGGUUCGUGAGCAGCACCUGGGUUUUUGGAAAGCUGAUGUGUCACAUCAGCCGGUUUGUUCAGUACUGCUCUGUCCACGUGUCUGUGCUGACCCUCGCUGCCAUUGCACUGGACCGGCACCAGGUGAUCAUGCACCCUCUCAAGCCACGCAUGUCCAUGGUGAAAGGAGGGAUUUGCAUCAUCAUCAUCUGGGUUAUGGCCAGCUGCUUCUCACUGCCCCACGCCAUUUAUCAGACUCUGACAAGGUUUUAUAUUGGAAACAAAACCAUCCGAAUGGUCUGCCUCCCCAGCUUCCCUCCUCCUGCUGAUCUUUUCUGGAAGUAUUUGGACCUGACUACAUUUGUUCUCUUGUACGUUCUGCCUUUGCUUGUGAUCUCCAUCACCUACACCAUAGUGGCCAAAAAGCUGUGGCUGAGGAACGCCAUUGGGGACCUCACCAUGGAGCAAUACUAUGCGCACCAGCGGAAGAAGAAGAUGACGCUGAAGAUGCUGAUGGUGGUGGUGGUUGUGUUUGCCGUGUGCUGGUUUCCCCUGAACUGCUACGUGGUGCUGAUCUCCUGCAGGGCCAUCCACAGCAGCAACGCUCUGUACUUCGCUUUUCACUGGUUUGCCAUGAGCAGCACCUGCUACAACCCCUUCAUCUACUGCUGGCUGAACGAGAGCUUCCGCGCGGAGCUGCGCUCGCUGCUGUGCGUGUGCCGGCGCCGGAGCGCGGCCCAGGGCCACGCUCUGCAGCCCAUCUCCCCGCUCCUCCGGCACGCCAGGGCUGAGGACUGCUGCUACAAAGCAAGCAGCACGUGCCAGAAGGCACAGACACCCUUCCAGAGGAGCUCUGCAAGGACUGACAUAACCAGCGUGCAGCCGAUUGUGGCAGAAAGCUGAGCAGCAUCGCACAGGGAUUGUAAAAUCAUGGGGGAAAUGGGUUUGGAAAGACCAUCAAGUCAACCUUCUGCCAUAGCACACAAACUUCAGCCUUUGACUGGGUCAUUCAGGACCUUGUUCUCUCAGGUAUCAAAAUUCUCUAGAGAUGAAUUGCCCACUUGUGGGCGGCAGAAUGAGGGGUGUUGAGUGAAUUUUUCAUUGAACAAUCAGCAAAAAUGAAUUAUUAAACCUCACACAAAGCCUUUCAUGGUCUAAGCAAACACGGGGAAGCUACACUGGUUUUACACACACCAGCUGCUCACUGUAAAGCUGUUAGGGCUUUAACUUUGUGAAUUGACAUUUUUUUGGCAUAAAAUCUGAGUUAUUUUCACUUUCAAUAAUUUAUUUUUUACCAGUCCUCAAGAACUGUGUUGUUUGUGGCUUCCCUGCCAGCCUGGCAGCCCUUCCCCAUUGGACCAGCCUGUCUCCCUGUCUUGUAGUUAUCCUGUAGGCAGCAGCAGUAGCAACAUUUCAGCAGUUCCCUAUGGAACUUGGGGCUUUGUCUGGUUCCAUCACAAUGGAACAAACCAGACCUGCAGGCUUUCAACCCAACAGGCAGGAGAUGGAAGAACUUUAACACACCUGUAACAUGUGGACAGUCAGGUGUGCCCUGCUCAGUUAAACUGUGCAUCUGACAACGUGCCACAGCAUUCACCUCAAGCACAGAUCUUGUGUUCCCACCUCACUGGUGGCAGGGCACACCAGCAGUGCUGGUCCUCGUGCCUCUGGAAUGCAAGAGACAGCUUGGAUUCCUGGGGAUCUGUGUGCCUGACAGCUGGCACCAGCAGCUGCUGCUCUGGGGGCUCACAGCAGAGCCAGCCACCAUGUUUCAGAGCUGGGUUUGGGUCACUAGUGAGAAAUACCCAGUGGGAGCACAUGGCCAACUUCAGCCUAUGGCUAUGAAAGGCCAUCAAGUUGUGUUUUCCACUUUCUCAGAAAGAAUAACCAGUUUCUUUGUGACCAUUCUGCACUGGCUCAGCCUUUGUGGUGGUAAAGGGUUGAGCUUCAAAAGACAGUGAAAAGGAAAUGAACUUCAGUCUUCCCAUGCAAAAAGACUCUAAAUUACAUCUCUAUAGCUGAGCAUUUCCACCCAGACUGGUAGCAUGUCACAGCUACAUGUCACCUGUGUGAAAGGCUGCUUAAAUUUGGAAAUCAAGAUGCUUUGAUGGGUGCAAAAAUAUGUGAUCUGAGUAUAUAUUUGUAUUUCAUAAAGAAACUGUGAAGGGGAUGAAAAAGUAAGAGCAACACUAAUCUUGUUUUUUCCUAAGUUAUUGUGGGAAGGAGAAGGACAACAGCAGCUAGGACAGGGACAGAGACAGGGACAGAGACAGGGACAGAGACCUGGCAUGGCCUGGGACACUGCAAAUCCCAGUGGCAUUGACAGUACUAAGGCUUCAGGUCUGUUCCCAUCUAAAGCACAAUGAUCUCUUUUUCUUCACGUCUGCAGGAAUUACUCUGCUGAGGAUAUACUAUGGGGAGGAAAUGGAAACAUCUCUCCAGAGAGCAAAUAUCCAAGGCUCAGGUAUUGGCUUUGACCAGGUGAGCCUUUGAUUUUGUUCCUCUGGAGUGGAGUCCUGCCUGGAGCAGGCACAACAGAGGCAGUACCAAAACCUUUAAUUCUGUGUUGCAAGUAAAUUACAGCAUAAACCAGACAUUACUCCUAAGCUGGGUUUUUACUGUCUGGAAAACUGGGAAUCCACAACACUACAAAUAGCAUUUCCCUACUAUUACUGUCUAGAGGUUUCUAUAAACAAGAUGUCUCUUCUUAAAAAACCAAACCAAUCACAAAUGCAAAUAAACAUUGUUACUAUAACUUAAUAAAACUUAUUCUCCUUCGAAUGCUCUUCUCUUUACAUUGGAAAAAAUCAGUGAGAUUAAAUAAUGCAGUUUGCAUGUGUAUCCCAACCCACUCCCAGAGAACUGUCAAACUCCUUACUCUGGGCUAAAUAAAUGCUAAAUAAAUCAGUCUGUUCUUGCUCCUCAUCCUUCAGCAUGCUGGCUCAGCAUCCUUCAGCCUUGUGUGAAUGGGUGGAUGGUGCAAAGGUUAAACCCACAGGGAGCCUGUCUGACUGGGGCAGUAGGCAGACAUCCCUCACCUGGCAACAGCUCUCCAAGGGUGGUUUGCUCCCAGAUGAAAAGCUGACAUUGUUGCCUCAUAGCACAUCCCAUGUUGAUCCUUGCAUUGCAGCACCUUCCUCAGUCGGAGUCUGCAGCCUGGCAGUGUUGAGCUGCAUUAACAAACAUUGUUUCUUUGAGGUGAUGGUUUUUCUGAAAGUCUGGCAAACUUCCCCCUAAUUACACACAACCUCCCACCGGAUGCUCUUGCUUUAACACGUGCUCUGUUAAAAUAUCUGUGUGGUUGUAUUACAGUAAGAUUUGAUCCACUGAUGUUCUUUGGGGGCUAACAAUCAAAUAAAAUACUGGUUCAGCAC